GCAAAAACUGGUUUGGAUCGGUUUUAUUCAGAAACAAAUUACAACUUGAGCAGUUCAACCUCCUGUUCAAAAUCCAACACUCUGCUGCAAACCAAAUCACAGUAGACUCAACUUUCUGGGAUCGGAAAACUCGAUUCGCUCCAAAUCUUCACAAACAAAAAAACCCAAUUUCCAAAUUUAUAAACCCAAAUUCCUAAUCAAGAAUGGAGGGAAAACAGAGAGAAGAAGUGUCAUCAGCAACAGCAGUGUUUCUUGGAGCACUAGCCCAUGGUGUUAAUGGUCCCACUUGGAAUGCAUUGAAAGGGGCCUUCUUGAUGUUGGGUGUUUGUCUUUGUGUUAUGUUGGGCUUGGCUUUCUCCUCUAGUGAUUUUACAUUGGUGCUUCAUGUUACUUUUCUUGUUUUCAUCACUGGCACUCUCUUCUUCCUUCUCAGCAGCUUUCUUGCUCAGACCGGGUUGGUUUCAGUUGAACAUCAAAUGCAGGAGAUAGGAUUAGUACCCAAUCAAGCAGAGUCAACGAAGGAAAAGAGCAUAUAAAGAAACGCCCUUAAACCCUUCAUUGUUAUCAGUUUGAGAACCCUAGUGAUGUUAGAAAAGUUAUUGUUUUGAUUAUUUUUUUAAUAUGUACUGGUGUGACUCUGUAAUACAUUUCUAUACCAAUGUGUCAAAUAAUUCGAUUUGUUUUGAAAGCCCA